CUGCAAAAAGACAAGUCGCGCUUGCUAGAUCUGCAUCGCGACUGAUCCUUUUUGAGGCGUCCUAUCGCCAAGUGCCAGCAGGUGGAAUGGAUGGUAACGCGUUUAAAGUGGGUGUAAUCCUCGCACAUGCAAACUUCACGAUGAACGUUAUCCCACAGCCAGCACUCGUUUGCCCAGCAUGACGCAAACACAUACCAGCCAACGCAGCCAGCGCAGCUCGCACAACCCAUACCGCGACUAUGAUGACAAACUUCCUGCUACAAACCCAUUCCUUGACGAAAAGGCUCUUGACGAUAAAGAGCGCCGCACCUCACACGACCAAACCCAACUCUCACCCAUGUUCAUCGACUACCUACGCGCAAAGACUGGCGCCCCUGUCGAUCUCGAGAAGAUAAACACGGAUAUCAAAGACAAAAACCGCGGCACCAAGAUCGCGCAAACAAUAUCGCCUAUCGAUGGGAAGACCGUGGGUUGCGACCGCACGCACACUUUCGAAACAUUUCUCGACCAGCGCAGAAUCAGUAGCGAUGCAGGGCGUGAAAAGAAAGUUGGUCAUGGCUGGCAGGUUGCGAGAGCACUGAAGCGCGUGCUGAGUUCCAAGGGGCGGGGUACGAGAAAGACUAGGCACGAUGAUGCGCGGCCCGUUCGGGUGGCUGAGGAUGGGUGUGUGGCUUCGAGCUUGCGAGAACGAACAAGCCCUCUUGGAUUCUGACGGAGGUGUCGCAUGUGGGUAGUCGUGUUGGCUUUGGUGGUUUUGUCAAGCUGCUGCAUCACCUGGAGUUUCUGGUGGCGCCUGCUUGGUGUCCUUGUUUACCGGCGUUCUCUCAUAUACCCCUUGGUGGUUCAGCGUUCAAGGUUUGGUUUGCAGGCAAGGUGGAAAUGGCUGGUGG